UACAUGUCUCUGUCGGAGCUCUAUAGUGGGACACCAAGCGGAAGUGGUUUGUUUUUAAACCCCGAUAGUAGAGUUGUCGUGUUUCGAUGUUUGUGGACUGAGCUGGAAGACGGUUUUGUCGUGUCGUCGUGUCCCAGAUAAAUAUUUGAGCUCUUAAAGUAACAAUGUCUGGAUCUGAGAGUUUGAGAGAGUUGAUCAUCGAGCGACUAACUGCUGCUGCUGAAGAAAUAUUCGGACUCUUUGAAAGAACUGUCGUCCAGUACGAGGAAGAGAUCGAUCGUCAGCGCAGACUGCUGGAUAUCACCUGGAAACCAGAGAUAAAGUUACACAGAAUAGACCUCCAACAGCAACAUGUCUGCACAGAGGAGGAGGUUCUCACCGAGCAGCAGCUCUGUAACCAGGAGAGGAACUCCAGUUUGGAGGAACCUGAACCUCCACACAUAAAAGAGGAACAGGAGGAACCAGAACCUCCACAGAUAAAAGAGGAACAGGAGGAACCAGAACCUCCACAGAUGAAAGAGGAACAGGAGGAACCAGAACCUCCACAGAUGAAAGAGGGACAGGAGGAAUCAGAACCUCCACAGACAAAAGAGGAACAGGAUGAACUCUGCUGCAGUCAGCAGGAAGAGCAUGUUGUAUUGAACUGUGAGACUGAUACCUUUGCUGAGACUCCUACUGAUGAGGAAAGUGAGCAUAGUGAACCAGAACCAAAAGAUGAUCAUCUCCUUUGUAAGAACUCUGCUGUAUCUGAGAGCACAGAUCAGGGAGGAAGCAACUCAGGAUCAACUAGAAAUGCAGAGCUGAAUCUAAAGAAGAGACAUCACAGAGACACAAGUCAGAGUAAAAAUGACGACAACUCUUCCUUGUCAGAAAGUCAGUGUAAUGCUGAUACAGGUAAAAAGUUUGUAACAUGUGACGUUGGUGGAAAAGCCUCUAAGAACAAGUGUUGUCAUUGCAAAAAAUGUGGUAAAAGUUUCAGGAAGAGGAGUGAUUUGAUUUCACACACCAAGACUCACGCCGGUGAAAAACCAUAUCGUUGCAAAGCAUGUGGGAAAUGUUUCAAUCGAACUAUUGAUUUGACUCGGCACGUGAGGACUCACACUGGUGAGAAGCCAUACUGUUGUGACACAUGUGGGAAAUCCUUCAGUCAAAGAGGUACUUUAACGAAGCACAUGAUAACUCACACAGGUGAGAAGCCCUACUGUUGCAAGACAUGUGGGAAACAUUUUGGAAGCACUAGUAAUUUAAGGAUACACAUGAGGAUUCAUACAGGUGAGAGGCCGUAUAGUUGUGACACAUGUGGUAAAACCUUUAUUCAAAGAAGUGCUUUGACGAUGCACAUGAGGAUGCACACAGGUAAGAAGCCGUAGAAUUCUGACAGAUGUUAAAACCUUCAUUCAAAGAAGUAAUUUAACAGAGCACAUGAGGACACAGGUGAGAAGUUGUUGUCCUGAAAACUGUUCAAAUUAUUCUCUUAAAAUAGUUGAAAUUAAGUUUUUAUUUCUGACACCACAUCCUGGAAAAAUGACCCACUCACCUUAAGCAUAAAAAUAUCAAACCUGGACAUUAAACAGAUGGAGGGAGACAUCUCCAUCUCCCUGGGACUGACAUUGAGUUUACAAUAGGCUUUUGAGAGGAACACUUUAACACCACCUUAGUUUGUUAACCUAAAGGUUGUGUAGGAGCCACAGGACAAGGAGAAGAUGAGACAACCAGACUGUGUUUUAAUGGCAAAGAAUAAAAUGUUAGAUCAUGUAGUGGAAGUUAUUAGUCAAGUCAUAAAACAAUACUAAUGGAAAAAAAAAACAAAAAGAUUUUUGUUGAAAAUUGAUUUUAAUCCCCCUGCUCAUUUGCUCAUUUGUUUUUGUUGUUGUUGUUUUUCAAUAUAUCAGAACAUGUUGUAAGGGUUUACACCCCUACUAGAAUUAGUUCUAAUUCACUUUAUAAAGCUUUAAUGAAGUGUUUGA